AUGUCAAGAGACUCUCCCUCUGGCCUGGAUGACAUGGUCCCUACACAGCAUGAGGCAGAAACUGAGGAUACAUGUUCGGAGACUAGGGAAGAUAGCAGCGGCUCCAAUAACGAUCAGACUGCACAUGCUGAUAACCAUGCCCCCGCUUCUGCGGAGGACGGUCCAAACUCCGUCGGUCUGGACAACCCCAACAAUCCUUACUCAGGGGACCACGGUGUGUUCUCACCGCACCCAGUCGACCAAAUCCCGCCCCAACAGGCUCGGGAGUGGUUCGAUGAAGUGGACGACUCGGAGUUUCCGGCGCACCCCAUAGACCAAAUCCCCAUCAAUCAACGUUUCUGGAUGAUUCGUGCUUCGUGA